CCGAGGUCAAGAAUGAGUAGGAGCUAUAAUACACUACUUCUCUCCCCAAGCGACCUACUUGGCUGCUUUACUUUACGGUGAUAACAAAAUGAUGGCUGUGGAAGUUCGUGAGGUAGACACUGAGAUUGCGCAUAUUCCGGUACGGUACACACCUUCCGAGAUCGUUCAACACAAUCUCUCCAUAGAUGACAGCAGCGUACUGAACCGUACGAGUUUAGAUAAUCGAUUUAAAAGUCGUUGCUACGCAGUGUUAGGUCACCAUCAUACCCAAUCUGAACACGAUUGUUUUGCGAGUAAUAAUUUUGCGAAACCCCAACACAACAUGAAUCAUGGAAGACUGAAGAAAGUUACCACUGCCAAAUAUAACGACGGAGAUCUCAAGCAAAGGUGGGGAGAAACAUUAGAAAAAUCCAGCAAGGCCUCGGACAUUCGCAUUUCUUUUGCCCUCGCAUCCCUCCCCUCGGACAUGUGCGAGAGCGUCGCUCGCAUCCUGAAGCUGGACAACCCGCCUUGCAACCGACCUCCAGAUUUUGAGGACGGUGAAGAGUUUGUAGUAGGAGAGGAGAGCGAAUCGGACAUGCCGCUAGAUGACCUGCAAAGUGUCACCCUGUCUUCAGACCUGUGUGUGAACUAUCCGACAAGCAGACAUACCGAGUCUCAAACUUUUGAAAGCAAUCCAUAUCUCAAGUUCCUGAACAAACCCGAACACCUUGCUGCCACUUGGCGACCUAAAGAUGAAUUUAUGAUGCCACCUGGAUCGUCCAUUACCGCUGCUAAUCCGCUUCUUACUGACCCGAAGAAAACCCUGAGCUACAAGGCGAAAGCAGUCACUAACGCUAUCAUAAAAAAUUUCUGCCAAUGGGUAGAAAAUCUUGGUGGUGAGGAAAAGUCACGAAUGACCGAGGAUGCAGUGCAGCAAAUGUUCGAGAUCGGCUUUGACGCUCCCGCAGCCAGAUCCCUCUGUAUUGAGAUUUGAAGAACUACCUGUGGUGCUUGAUAACGCUGCUCAAGCAUGCAACCUGCCGGAGAAUGCGAUAAGUGCUGGCCUUCGCCUCGAGAUCCUGAGGGACGUGAGAAAGCCUGCGCGCCGAACAGGGUGUGGCACUGCUUUGCCCACCACGCCACCAGUCCGCCACCGACCACCCAGAAACCAGACCCAUAAGCACUGGCUAGACUGCCCGACCCUUCACAAGGACCUUGAAUCAACGGAGGUUACAAGGGAGAGCAUCACGAAGCUCAGGUAAUUUAGACGAGUGAUAUCUACGGAUAUGAGAAGCCAAGGCUACACUGAAAGGGCCGUAGUGCUAAAAAAGACAAAGAUAUUCGCAGUUACCCAGCAGAAGGACAGGAGGACUCAGGUGAACCACACCAUCAGUUGGGUAUAAACGCGGAGGCAUGGGUUCAGUUCCAGAACCGUUUGUUUGAGUAUACUGUUUGUACUGCAGUAGUCAUCUUCAAACUCAAUAAAAGAAACACUGUCCUAUUAACAACAAAGUAAAAACCAGUGGCGGCUCGUGAGUCUGAGUAGUUGUAGUGCUGUACAAAGCGGAAAAAUCAGAAUAGUUUUUCAACACAAAACGACAUAAAUAAAUGAAAAGUAAAUUUACAUCAGGAGAAAACCCAUACGUGCUCGACGAUGUUUUAACUAUUUGUAAGUCCUGAAGAUGGUGGCCAUGAUUUUUUACAUCAUUUUUUUCAGUCAAAGACAAUUUAGAAAAAGUAUUUUGCUGUAACUAUGAUGCACUUCCUUUGCUCAUUAUCAUUAUCAGAACAAAAAAUAGUCAGCACACAGAAUUAUUGAACACUCAUUAACAAUAACCACAAAACGAGUCUAAAACACGUAGUACCAGACAAGCGUGUUUACUAUAAGCUGGCUGCGGGGACCGCAGCUCUGAUUCGCGCAGUAACAGUGAACUGCCCCUCACUCUACCUCACACUGCGCUCACAACUUUAGACCGGCCAGCCGCGCUGAAAUACUUGCAGCCGGCAAUAUUAAAAUAAUGAUAUAGAGGAAAUAAAGUGUUACAAAUUAUAUAAACACAAAAAAUAAUAUUUUUCAAUUUUUGAAAAAUUAUAAGGGGUGCUGCAACUCUGCAGCUCUUACGGAUGGGCCACCACUGUGAAAAACACAUUCAAGUCAUCACGUUCAGAGUAUAGUAAAAGUUAACACCUUCAUAAUAACAUCUGAAAGCAUUGAAUUCAGCAUUGUCAAAUAAACAUAUUGACUGACAACGUUAAAUACUCUGUGCUAUUAGCUAUGUGUACCAAGUUCAAACACAAAACCUUGUACAUCAUUUAAACCAAAGUUGGCUGAGCAAUUAAUAUUACUUAUGUCUCAGUUCCACAGUCUUAAUUGGAAAUCCUUCUUAAUAAAUUUAUCACAGAUCUUA